ACUGCAUUUGCACAAGGGGCCAAAAUAGAAGGCAUUUCUGAAUGGCGAAAUUAGGUUCUCCUUGAGAUGGAAUAAUUUCAGCGCUCCGUGCAUGCCUUUGAAAUCGCAUACACAAAUAGCCCUUGGCUUAUUACCACAAUGGGGAGCACAAUCCCGUUGGUGAGCAGGGCGAUGGUUGGUUAGUUCUAACCGAUUUUACGACCUUUUGCCACAAUUAAGCAAAUCACUGCAGUUAAGUGAGUCGUGCAAUUGUUGAGCGAAUCCAACUUCCUCCGUUGAGUUUCGGAAACCAGCUGGGAAAGUCACAAAUGGCAACCACAGUAAGCUGCAACGAUUGUAAAUACAUGCCGGUUGCCAAGAGUUUGAAUGUUGAUGUAACGGGAUGCUGUGAAGGUCAUAAAUGCAAAGACCGGUGGUUCUAACAAUUUUAAAUCGACCCACAUGGCACAGCUCAGGGAAAUGCUAUUCAAGGCACCUAUUAGAUGCUGCAAAGCACCUUCAGGGGUGGUCCCAGAUAGACAGAAGGACCUGUUGGCAUGGACAAGCUGGGGGAGGCCUCCAUUCAGACCCGAAGAAUGCGUUGAAAGAAAUAGAUGGUGGAAAGAUCCUCAAAGCAAUGCUUUCGUAUGUCUGGCCCAAAGACCGGCCUGAUCUUCGUGCCAGGGUCGCCAUAUCAUUGGGAUUUUUAGCCGGUGCCAAGGCUAUGAACAUUGUGGUUCCCUUCAUGUUUAAAUAUGCAGUAGACAACCUCAACCAGCUGUCUGGAAAUGUUCUGAACCUGAGUGAUGCACCCAAUACAGUUGCAACCAUGGCAACAGCUGUUCUGAUUGGAUACGGCACCUCGCGAGCGGGCGCAGCGCUGUUUAACGAAGUCAGAAAUGCCGUCUUUGGGAAAGUGGCCCAGAGUUCCAUCCGGAGGAUAGCCAAGAACGUCUUCCUCCACUUGCAUCAGCUGGACUUGGGCUUUCAUCUGAGUCGGCAAACGGGAGCAUUGUCCAAAGCCAUUGACCGAGGCACCCGCGGCAUCAGCUUUGUGCUCAGUGCCCUGGUGUUUAAUCUGGGCCCCACCUUGUUUGAAGUUUGCCUCGUGAGUGGGAUUUUGUAUUAUAAAUGUGGUGCGCCUUUCGCACUCGUAACCUUGGGGACAUUAGGAGCAUACACGGCAUUCACAAUAGGACUUACACAGUGGAGAACUAAAUUUAGGAUUGAAAUGAACAAAGCAGAUAACGAUGCAGGGAAUGCUGCCAUUGACUCUCUGCUGAAUUAUGAAACUGUGAAGUACUUCAAUAAUGAAAAUUAUGAAGCCCAACGGUAUGAUGGAUUUUUGAAGACCUAUGAAAACGCCUCACUGAAAACUACCUCAACUUUGGCUCUUCUUAAUUUUGGACAAAACGCUAUAUUCACCAUUGGAUUAACUGCCAUCAUGGUGAUGGCCAGCAAGGGAAUUGUUGCAGGUAAUUUAACUGUUGGUGAUCUGGUCAUGGUGAAUGGAUUGCUGUUCCAGAUUUCCUUACCCCUUAACUUCCUGGGGACGGUAUACAGGGAGACGAGGCAGGCGCUCAUAGACAUGAACUUAUUGUUUACGCUGCUUAACAUAGAUACUAAAAUCAAAGAUAAAGACCUGGCUGCACCCCUGCAGAUCACCCCACAGACUGCUACCAUCGCCUUUGAUAACGUGCAUUUUGAAUACCUUGAGGGGCAGAAAGUCCUCAGUGGCGUCUCUUUUGAAGUCCCGGCCGGAAGAAAAGUGGCCAUUGUAGGAAGCAGUGGGUCAGGCAAAAGCACAAUUAUGAGAUUAUUAUUUCGCUUCUAUGAGCCUCAGAAGGGAGAGAUUUAUGUUGCUGGCAAGAAUAUACAAAAUGUCAGUUUGGAAAGCCUGCGGAAGGCUUUAGGAGUUGUGCCACAGGAUGCUGUUCUCUUCCACAACACCAUCUUCUACAACCUCCAGUAUGGCAAUAUCAAUGCCUCCGCGGAAGAUAUCUACGCAGUGGCAAAGCUAGCAGGAAUUCACGAUGCCAUUCUCAGAAUGCCCAAUAGGUACAACACCCAAGUAGGCGAGCGAGGCCUGAAACUGUCAGGAGGUGAAAAGCAGAGGAUUGCAAUAGCCAGAGCCAUUUUGAAGAAUCCUCCCAUUAUUCUCUAUGACGAAGCCACAUCAUCCUUAGAUUCCAUUACAGAAGAGAACAUCUUGAAUGCCAUGAGAGACAUCGUAAGGCACAGAACAUCCAUCUUCAUUGCACACAGGUUGUCAACAGUGGUUGAUGCUGAUGAAAUAAUCGUCCUGGAUCAGGGCAAAGUGGCAGAGCGUGGCAAGCACAUUGAUCUGCUUACCAGACCCAACAGCCUCUACUACGAGAUGUGGCACACUCAGAGCAGCCGGAUGCUGAACAGAAGCCCCAGUGAGAGGUGGGAGGAGAGAAGCAAUCACAUGUCCAAAGAGGAGGAAAGGAAGAAGCUGCAAGAAGAAAUCAUCAACAGUGUGAAAGGCUGUGGGAAUUGCUCCUGCUGAGCCGGAGUCUAAAUCCAGCCCCAGUUGAUGCCAAGUAAAGUUUGCGCUGAAGCUGCAUUCAACCAAGUGCAGGGUUGACGAGAUUUUGGUUGCUUUCGUUAGCAGGCUUUUCUCCAUGAAACCGGAUCUUGGUGGCCAAAGGAUUUUGUAUCUGCCUGUCAGUGAGGAUUGGUUGAAACUGACCUGGACAGCCUCAUUAACACUUACAUUUGGUAAUAAUCUCAGACAAGGUGCAAAUCCACCUGGAAUUGUUUGUAACGUGGCAGAAAUUGCUAUAAUCCAGCCAGAAUCAAAUUAUCUGGCAUUCACUGUUAAGAUGUUGCAUUCUAGUGCUGUUCCUCACUACUGCGAAGGUGGUUUUUUUAUAAAUUGAUUUUAAGAGAAACCAAUUAAAUCAAGUGCGAAUAUUCAUGGGGGGAAAGGAUACUGUUAAUAUUCUUCAGUUCUUGCAUUUGAUAAGAGUUUGUAUCCUUUUAUAAAGGAGGCGUCGGGUUUGCAGUUCAAUGCAGAAACAUUUUUGCCUCAAUAUUUACUGGUUUUUUCCAAAAGAAGUACAUAUUUCUGCAAGGACUAAAUUUUCAGUGUUAAGAACAAAAGAGAGCAUCUCAAAAAGAUUGGUGCGUCUUUCAAAGCAAAGCAGUAAAUGCUGCUUCAUCUCAGUUCUGUAAUCUUCCUAGAACUGCACAAGGAAAUGUUUCUAUUAAAUUCUAAUGAUAAUUCAAUACAAAUAUUGUUAGAAUUAUUGUCUUGCCAAUAAGUUGCUUUUCUCUAGCAAGCCACAGAGUGUCUUCAUUCCUCAGGCACGAUCUGGACUGCCUUUCAUUUGCGCCCAGUUAGGUCAAUAAGUAUUGAUGAAGGAAAUAUAUUGUUUGGAAAAGGAAGGUGAGUUGACCUUCAUUAAAAUAACUAUCCUUUAGGCCCUUCAAUACAAAGAUGAGUAACUUUUGCUGUGCCCUGCAAAACAAACCCCUUUAAUAGGUGGCAAUAGGUCAAAGUGGGAAUUGGGGAUUCAUUCUUCAACUGGAUAAGUUGCUCUUUGAUGGCAUUAAUGGAAAAAGCCGUAGUGCUAAAAAAAUUCCUUCCUUCCUUCCUUCCUUCCUUCCUUCCUUCCUUCCUAUAGGGCCACUGGAGGAGGAAAGGGGGAAAAGCAGUCAUUAUUAAAUUCCAAGAAUUUAAGGUAUAAUUUACCCUGCUUUCAGUGUUUAUUUUUCUUUCUCAAAAUGAAAAUGCUUGUCUAUCUGAAAAGGCUGGUCUAUACCUCCAGGCAGCAUCUGUGCCUCCCUGGAGUGCUCAUGCCUCUUCCACCAGAGCUGCAUUAGGUGGCCGUUCGCCUUGUGGCCGUUGUUCCAGUGAAAGGUACAAGUACCCUGCAGGCAUAGAGUGUGUGCAUAAAUGAGGCUCCAUAGCUCUGUAAUUUUCAAUUUAUCAGCUGUGUUCAUUGGUCGUUCAAAUAAAUACUUUUCAUCAGAACUACAACCAGUA